AGUAGCCGUAAUCAGCCCAUUCAUUGACUUUCAAUUUUCAGCUCGUUUGUAGUGUUCUUCGAUUUUUGAUGCCCUACACCCGUUGGGUCAGAUGUUAAGUAUCUCUACAAUAGCAUGGUGCGACGAGAAGUUGAUGCCCUGAUACUACUUUAACGACCCGUUUUUCUGCUAGUCAACCAUGUCUGAGGCAACUGGGAGUCUUGAUCUGGCGGGGUUCUCACAGGCGAGGGCAGAGCGGAAUGCGUACCUGGCCUGUGCAGCUUUGAUUCUGUAUGAAUACUUCCUGCAGCUAGAUGCAGAGAUCGUGUUCUUUUGGCAACAAAGGUGGUCGCUGGCGAAGGCUCUUUUCUUAUGGAGUCGAUAUUAUGGACUAGCCUUCAACAUUUCCAAUGCAGUCGUAUUUAUGCAGCCUCAUCCUUCUAUGAAAGUAUGUAUGUUUCUACCACAGACCUCUUCGUCCGUUCACACAUAUCAAUCUGAAGGUAAUACAUUCUUUCACUGGCAAAACACUGGAGCAAGCUUACAGGUCAUCACUUCUCACGUGAUUCUCGAGCUUCGACUAUAUGCGAUGUAUCAAAGUUCAAGAUACAUUCUUGCCCUAUUUGUUUUUCUGACCUUUGGGGAGGCGUUGGCCAUGGGACUAGUCUUUGGUAUCCCUAAUCAGAACCUUGUUGGCACGAAUGAACCUUUUCCUGAAUUAUUCAUUUGCGCCGACGCCGACCCACUGGACGGUUCCCACUGGGUGGUCUAUUACUGGAUGUCUAUCCUCAUCAUCGAGAGUACCUUGUUUUCCCUAGCGCUGUGGAAAGCAUGGCAGCAUCGGCCAUCGGCCCAAGGCAGCAAACUGAUGCAACAGCUCACUCGAGACUCUGCGAUGUACUUUGCCGUACUCUUUUGCAUCUACUUAGCAAAUCUCAUAAUGUGGAUCAGGAAUCGGAUUACUCUGGAUGAACUGAUGACGGCGUUUUCGUUUGUAAUCUCGAGUAUAUUCGCCAACAGACUCGUCAUCUCUGUGCGCUCAAACCACUAUCGAGCUAUAAGACCGGAGAUCGACACGUAUAUGAUGUCCGGCAUAAAGUUCUAUAAGGUUCCAAUAAAGUCGCAAAUGACUACAACUAUGGGCGAAUCCACCACAGACUACACGACCACAGGAACGGAUUCCUCUACAGACGUCGAACUCAUGGAAUUACGGACAUUUCACGAAAAUAACAAGUUCAAUCACACAGUCGGGGUGUGACUUGUUAGCGUCGCGUGGGUACGGAGGUCCACAAUGUUAAGUCAGUUGGCCCUGUUGUUUAGCUUUCUACAUCGUUAUUUGUUCCUUUACAUGUGUUGUAUUAUAUUCGGCUUACCCGGCCAUCAGCAGUAUAACGUGCAGCCAAGCUUCGAACCAGGCCCGAGUAAGGCAGCUGUCUGUAUCUAUGCCGUAAAGAGCUUUGCUGGCCCUGGGAAAGGGAAAUCGACUGAUCUGCGUCAUCAUGAGAGUUGGCUCACUC